CAGGAAAACAGGAUGGUGGCAUCUGAUGUUUGGAUCUGCACAGUAAUAUCCAGAAUGGGUCAAGUUGUAAGGGACUAUCUGGUCCAACCUCCCUGCUCAAGCUGGACCAUCCUAAAGCACGUGGCACAGGAUAGCAUCCAGAUAUUCUUUAUAGUUCUUCAUAUCCCGGGCCCAGUGUAUGAUGGGGAGAAAACUGGACCUUUCUGGCUUGACUGAUGAAGAAGCAGAGCAUGUGCUCCAGGUGGUUCAGCGAGAUUUCAGCCUUCGUAAAAAAGAAGAAGAAAGGCUGAGUGAAAUGAAGCAGAAGUUGGAUGAAGAGGGUAACAAGUGCAGCAUCCUUUCCAAGCAGCAGAAGUUCAAUGAGCACUGCUGCAUUCGCUGCUGUUCCCCUUUCACAUUUCUUAUCAACAGCAAGCGACAGUGCCAAGACUGCAAAUACAACAUCUGCAAGAGCUGCAGCACUUACCAGAAGAAGGAGAAAGCUUGGAUUUGCAGUGUCUGUCAGCAAGCAAGGCUCUUAAGGACCCAGUCUCUGGAUUGGUACUAUAAUAAUGUCAAAAGCCGCUUCAAGUGUUUUGGAAGUGCCAAGGUCCUGAAGAACUUGUACAAGAAACAUAGACUGGAGAGUGGACUUUGUCCUGAUGCAAUAGCAGAAGGAAGUUUGUAUGAAGGAAGCUUUGAGAAUGAAGGAAGCAUUUGUGGCAGUGACUCUACCUUCUACCAACAGACAGAAGGACACAGCAUGAUGGAUACCCUUGCUGUGGCCUUACGUGUUGCAGAGGAAGCGGUGGAAGAAGCUAUUUCUAAGGCAGAAACCUACAGUGACAGCCUGGACAAGCAGAAUGAAGCUUGUUACUUGCAGGAGCACAAGGAGGACCUCAUAGAAGAGCUGGCCACAACCAUUGUGCAGAAGAUUAUAAAGAAGCAGAAAAGCAAACCCGAGCAGGCUGAGGCCGACUUGGAAUGGCCGCCAUCACGGAGCAGCGGCCUGGCGUCCGGCGCUGUCUCGGAUCAGAGCAUGCUGACAUUCCCAGGGAGCCGCAGGGGGUCCUACACCUUGUGGAGGUCUCAGUCUGCAUUCUCCCUGGCUAGUGAAGAUAUGGCCAGUAAAGGACAAGACCCCGCAUCAUCUGUGACUGAGGCUCCUCGAAGGCAGCAAAAGGGACAGUCCAGGAAGCAGAAGGAACACAAGCUCUCUGCUUUACCCAGCUGGAAGAGUGUAGACAGGCUAAAUGAAACAAGUGACCAAGCACUGGAACAGGUUGCCCAGAAAUGCUGUGGAAUCCCCUUCACUGAAGAUAUUCAAGAACCUGGAUGCAAUCCUGUGCCAUGUGCAGGUCCACCUUCCAUUUUCCAAAGCACCGAUGGAAACUGGGUGGCUUUGCAGAAUGUCACUCUGCCUCAUCCUCGAAUGCUUGCUAAACCAAAGAGUCAGGUGUUCAAAGCCUUGGAGAAUGAGUCCAGCAUUGUGUCUGCCUAUGACGAGAUGGGCUCGGACAGCGAGGAUGACUAUGACUGGAAUGUGGCCUUGAACAAGCUGCGGCGGAGACCUCGACAGUUGCCAGAUGACUUCCAUUACUCCAGUUCCCAGUACGGAACUGAGUGGGUUUAUGCCAACAAUCAGUACCAGGCAGUAACCUCCCCCUCCUCUGGGUUAUACACCAACACUGAGACACUGUUGUCCGAUUCGGAAACAUCUUCAGUAAACUCUUCCCAGGAAGCUAAAGGACCUAGCAAACCUCUCUGGUUGCAAAGCAGGACUCAAAAUGAUAUGCCCAGAAUGGAAAAGAAGCACUUCCAUGGAGAACUAGAUGUAAAUUUCAAUCCACAGGCAACUAGCUUGGAGUAUUCAGACAGCAGUGAGACUGAAGAAGUCCAUUAUGAUUUAGAAAAGAGAUCAAGAAGGUGGAAGAAGAACAAAGCUGUCUCUGAAGACUUAUGUGAAGAGAAGAAUCAGGCAAAAGCCAACAAGAUGAAUUUAAGUCAGGAGACACCACCUGGUAAUUACAGCCUUCCUGCCCUGUGCCAGGAUUUUGAUGAUUUAUCAGAAACAGAUGUAAGCAAUGAGGAUCAGCACCAUGAUGUCAAGCCUGAACUUGGGGAGGAUGAGCUUAAAUCCAGGUUAUUUCAGCUUGCUGCUAAAAUGAGUGACAAGGAAACAUCAUCUGGUGAAGAACAAGAGUUAGAACCUGGAAUAGAUCUGGAAAACCAGAAAGAGAGUUUGUCCUCAGAGGAAAACAGCAAAAGUAUUCAGGAAGAGUUAAAGAAGGAAAAACAAAAGGCUUUUGAUCUUCAUUUAAAGCUGCAGGUUUUAUCCACUGUAUUGCAGCAGAAGUACUCUGCUGUCUCUCUCUGCAACAUAUCUACAGAAGUCCUGAAAGUCAUCAAUGCCACUGAAGAACUGAUAGCAGAAUCCACUGAUUCCUGCGAUUUCCCAGAUGACAUUCAGGACAAAGGAAGAGGAACCCUCCCGUUGGGCACAGAUCCUGUCAGACUCGAUGAGCAGCUCACGACACUGGAAGAAAACGUGUACCUGACAGCCAGCACGGUGUAUGGGCUGGAGGGGCAGCUGACCAACCUGGAGGAUGCUGCGCGCAAGAUCAGCAGUGUUACUGAGGAAUCUGAGCUGGCCGAUCUGGAGGAUCAGGUGGCCACAGCAGCUGCCCAGGUUCAUCAUGCAGAGCUUCAGAUUUCAGAUAUUGAGAGCAGAAUAUCAGCUCUCACUGUUGCAGGCUUGAACGUGGCUCCCUGUGUUCGCCUGACAAGGAAACGGGAUCAAAAGCAAACAAACCAGAUGCAUACAAUAGACACGUCAAGACAGCAGAGGAGAAAACUUCCAGCUCCACCAAUACAAGGUGAAAAAAUAGAUGGUUCUCCAGUUACCACUGUCAGAACAUUUAACAGAAACUUCAUGCUUCAAGGGUCUCUAACACAAAGAACUAAAGAGAGGAAAAGCACUGCCAAGGACUUAAUGGAACCUGCUAUAGGAUCUGCUGUGAUGUACUAAAGUUACACUUCCCUACUGCCAAUAACACACUGCCUAAGGCUGUACACUAGAGUGCCUUUUCUUAACAGCCAUUGUGUAUGUCCAGCUGAAAAUGGACCCUCAAGAACCCACAGAGCCUCAGUUAUAGGGCUUCAUUUGGAUACCUCACUGAGAAAGCUGUCCAAGUCUUCAGCAUCGUGGUCUGCUACAGGAAACUCUGCCUUAAAGUUCUCAGAGGACUCUAGACAGGAUGCUAUGUUUCAAAAGCAAGGCUCCACAUUUUAAGAUGCACUUUUUCUCCCUAUCGAUUGUACUAAAGUAUGUUGUCUUUAAACUGCAGUAUGUUUUUGUACACUCAGUCAGUCAUAAUUAUAGGCCAAUUAAUCUGCCAAAGCAGACCUGUGAUUCAUAUUUGCUGGCCUCUUACUAUUCAUGUGGGCAUCUGUCUUGUUGAGCAAUAAGAACAACUCUGUGCAGUGUGUGCUGCUUUUCAGCUGCGUGGAAGGAGGGGAGAAUCUGUGUACCUCGCUCUGCUCCCAGGGAGUCAGUGGGAGUCUUGGGAGGAUUGGUAGGAGGAGGAAGACUUCUCUGUUCUCUGGGAGUACUUCUCACAGAUUAAAUGUUCCAGCUCCAGAGCUAGGGAUAUUGCUCUAGGCAGCAGGGGUGUCAUGCUGAACCAGGAACUGGUGGCCACACAUGUGGACCAGAUGUCUGCUGAGUUACGAUCCCAGUGUCUGGAAACAUCUGAACACUGUUAAAGAAAUAAACACCUUCAUAUGUCUUGUUCUUGGCAACAUUGUCCACUUGGUGAUGGCCAACCAUGCUGUAGUUGAGAAUAAAUUCUGUCCAAACCUUUAAGAUGGGAAAAAGGAGGUGAAAAUGUUGGGGAUGAGAUCUCUGCUGACUAACUGGUGGUUGUGGGGUGGCUGCAGCUUGCAGGAGAUUCCUUUCUGACAUUCACUGGUGUUUCUGAGAAGGAGGCAAAUGUAGCCCAGACUUCAGAUCCUAUACUAGUCUGGAGCCACCAGAGAGUAGCUGGGGCCUGUUGCUGGUGCCACAUGCACCCCACUACUACUGGUCCACUCUGAAUUGGAUUGUGAAUAGUAAUAGUCCUUCUUUCAUUUUUGAGACCCUUAACUGAGUCAAACUAGAAGGCCCUUUGGCAGAUGCCCAGGAGGGAGGAUACUGCUUGCAGGGUGUCCCUCUUCCCCUUUUGUGGGAGAACAUUGCCAAUUUGUGGUAUUUUUGCUCUGAAGAAUACAAAGAAGGUAUUCAGAGGAGGUGAUAAUCCAGUAAUCCAGUGAAUCCCUUACCUUUCACACCAGUUGCAGAGCAGGUACCUAAAUGCAGAUGGGGUUGAUGUGAAAUGUGCUAUGAAGGAAGGCAUGGACUGGCAAGUUCCGCCUCAGCAUUAAGGAGUGGUGAGCUCUCCCAGGAGCUGUGGGUGCCGGGAAGGAGGAAAGCUCCUUCAUUCCCCGGGCUCCCAGUGAACAGCCACGAGCAGAGUGCCACGUUACCUGCCAUGCAGCAGGAAAGCAGUUCCCUGGGACACCAGUGCAAUGUGGUCAGGCAAAUACAAGCAAAACUGGGCAAAUUUCCCGACUAGGCUGGAUUUAGGGGGGUGAGUUGGGAAGGCAAGGAAUGGCUAGAUGGGUUGAUUGGAAAAACAGUGCCAGCUGAAAUCUGCCAUCCACAUUUGACAUCUAGCGUGUCAGUACUCUGAUGUCCAGAUGCAUGUGAGGAGCCCUUGGAGUAAAUACAACCAUCUUCCCACUUAAGAUACGUAAGUAUCACUCCAUUCAUUCAAGGAAUUUCCAUCUGCCCAAAAUCUGACCCAGUGUGUUCAUUCUGGGUGAAAUUAGGCCUUCUUUUACUCUCACACAAUACUAGUUCUCUGAAAUUGGUUUGCACAGAUGUGAGGGAAGAAUUUGGCCCACUCUGUUUAAUAUAUAAAUACAUAUAUAAAACAAAUAGAUUUUAUUUAUAUAUGCAAUCCAGUAAAGGAGAUUAAACAGAGUAGGAUGCCUAGUAAUUUUUUUUGUUAUUCAAUCUCCUCCUCCAUUGACUGUUCUCGUGUAUGUAUACAAUACAUUCCCAGGUUCUGGUUUAUGCAGGUAUGCGUGUUAUGAAAUGUCAUUAAUGGUGGUUGGUCUGCAUAUUCGUCUAAUAAAUAAUAACUAAUAUUGUGUAUGUAAUAUCAAUACAGAAAUUACUGAUUUUAAUAGAAUAACUCUUUGGCUUUUGUUCUGUUAGCGUGAUUUAAACAAGCCAACAAAGUUUGGAGUAGGUUGUUUUCCUUAAGAGGCAUGACAAGCAACUAUUAUCGUGUUACAAUGUUAAAAUAUUCAGUCUUCUUUGACAGACAAAUGUGUACUG